UUGGGAUUCUACUUUGGUGAAGACUUUCAAACUAAAGAAGAGAGAAAAGAGGCGCUCUAAUAGCCGACAGUUCAUUGAUGGUCCCCCUGGACCUGUAAAGAAAACGCGUUCCAUUGGCUCCACAGUAGACCAGGGAAAUGAAUCCAUAGUUGCAAAAACUACAGUGACUGUUCCUAAUGAUGGUGGACCCAUUGAAGCUGUGUCUACUAUUGAGACUGUGCCAUAUUGGACUAGGAGCCGAAGGAAAACAGGUACUUUGCAGCCUUGGAACAGUGACUCCACCCUGAGCAGCAGGCAGCUGGAGCCGAGAACUGAGGUGGACAACGCAGGCACGCCGCAGAAUACAAACGGAGGCAUGCGCCUGCAUGACUUUGUCUCUAAGACGGUUAUUAAACCUGAAUCCUGUGUUCCAUGUGGGAAGCGGAUAAAAUUUGGCAAGCUCUCUCUUAAGUGUCGAGACUGUCGUGUGGUAUCUCAUCCAGAGUGUCGGGACCGCUGUCCCCUUCCCUGCAUUCCCACCCUGAUAGGAACACCUGUCAAGAUUGGAGAGGGAAUGCUGGCAGAUUUUGUGUCCCAGACUUCCCCAAUGAUCCCUUCCAUUGUUGUCCACUGUGUAAAUGAGAUUGAGCAAAGAGGGCUGACUGAGACAGGCCUAUAUAGGAUCUCGGGCUGUGACCGGACAGUAAAAGAGCUGAAAGAGAAAUUCCUCAGAGCAAAAAACGUACCUCUCCUCAGCAAAGUGGAUGAUAUUCAUGCUAUCUGUAGCCUCCUGAAAGACUUCCUUCGAAACCUUAAAGAACCCCUUCUGACCUUUCGGCUAAACAAAGCCUUUAUGGAAGCAGCAGAAAUUACAGAUGAAGACAACAGCAUAGCUGCCAUGUACCAAGCUGUUGGUGAACUUCCCCAGGCCAACAGGGACACAUUAGCUUUUCUAAUGAUUCACUUGCAGAGAGUGGCUCUGAGUCCACAUACUAAAAUGGAUGUUGCCAAUUUGGCCAAAGUCUUUGGCCCUACAAUAGUUGCCCAUGCUGUGCCCAAUCCAGACCCUGUGACAAUGUUACAGGACACCAAGCGCCAACCCAAGGUGGUAGAGCGCCUACUUUCAUUGCCCCUGGAAUAUUGGAGUCAGUUCAUGAUGGUGGAGCAAGAGAACAUUGACCCUCUGCAUGUCAUUGAAAACUCAAAUGCCUUUUCAACACCACAGACACCUGAUAUUAAAGUGAGUUUACUGGGGCCUGUAACCACUCCUGAGCAUCAGCUUCUCAAGACUCCUUCAUCUAGUUCCCUGUCGCAGAGAGUCCGCUCCACCCUCUCCAAGAACACUCCCAGAUUUGGGAGCAAAAGCAAGUCUGCCACAAACCUAGGACGACAAGGCAACUUUUUUGCUUCUCCAAUGCUCAAGUGAAGUCACAUUUACCUAUUACUUCCCAGCAUUGACUGUAAGAAAGGACACUGUACUUUCAGCUCUGCAGUCUCUUGUACUUAUUACUACUGUUAGCAUUCUCUAGGCUCUUAAAUCUAGUUUAAUUGUGCAUGAGGGUUUCGUUAAAACUAUUCUGUAUCUCCCUCUCCUCCUCUUUAUGUAACGAUAUCAGCACCUUAUGCCUGGUAAUUAUUGGGCACUUUUAGAUGAGAGAUCUUUCCAUGUGUAGAAGAGAUAGUAUGGAAUUCAUUGUCAUUCUUUUUGGAGGAGGGGGUGUGCCCCUUUGGCUUAAAGCCAAAUGCUGUUCAUGGAAUGACCUUUCUCUGAUAUCAUAGAGCUGAUUUCCAUGAGACAAUGACAGGAACUCUUCUGCUCUGGUCAAACUGACUUGUUUUAGGGUGGGAAGGGGGAAGGCAGGUUAAAGAAAGGGUUGGGUAGAGGAUUUAGGAUAGUACCUUCUCAGAACGCAGAAGUUCCCCUUCCUCCGUUAAUGAAUUGAGUUAUAUAGCAUGGAGCCUUUUAAAAAUGGGAUAGAUUGAGGAUAGAACUAGCAGUGGGAGUGUGCUUAGUUUUAAUUUGGAUUGAUUAGAUGUUAAUAGUAUUAAGUGGCACAACAUUUUAAAUGUGAUAGUACAGCUUGUAUUUAUCUAUUUAUCUGGCUAGACUUUGGGUUUGAUUGAGUCAAAACCAGUUAGUUCUUCUAAAGUUGAAUUCAUUCUAAAGCUUGAUUUCCCCCUACGAACCUUGUCCAAUGGAGCCCUCCUUCUAAAGGUCAGUAUGUCUGUUUGGCAUCCCAACUAACAAUUAAGAGUAGGCUGGAAGGGAAGAUUGUCAAUAUUUCAUGUGGUAAGAAAAGCCACAGUCAUUUUGUCUUUGCACUUUGGAUGCUGAAAUUUUCCCAUGGAACGUAGCCACAUCUAGAUAAAUGUGAGCUUUUUCUUCUAUUAGAAUUAUUCUUGAUGUCUGUAAAAAUGGUUUCUUACAUAGAAUGUUUCUGAUUCAUACUGACCCUUGUCUAUAAAAUACAUGUUUGAAAUAAUAUUUGGAAAAGAAGUAAAUAGAUUUUUCAGAAUGAA